AUGUCUCACCCUGUCUGGCAGGUCCUCCGGGGAGCUGCCGGACGGACCUCCGCUGCCCGGAUAAUACUGGGAAAGCCGCCGGUCUCGGCAUCCACAACACCGGCUCGGCUCGUCCGAGCCCGGUGUCCCGCCUCGGCCGCGUCCGCGUCCGGGUUUCACACCACACCGGCCGGUCUAUCGGCCAAAAACAAAACCGCCGACGAAGAGCUUGCCUCGGUCGCGGGCUCGUACGCCCGCACCGACGACACCAUCACCGUCGAGUACCCUCCCGACGAGCAGCUUCCCGCCUCGAAGCCGGUGGCCGGGGCCGGGCGGGCCGGCGCGCACGUCUUCCCCACGCUGGCCACCUUCUCGCUGCAGGGGAAGGUCGGUGUCGUGACCGGUGGAGCGAGGGGGUUGGGGUUGGUGAUGGGGCAGGGAAUGGUCAUCAGCGGCGCUGAUCUGGCCAUUGUGGAUAUCAACAAAGACGAAGCCGCCCGCCAAGCGCAGAACAUCGUCGAGACCUUUCGCAAAGAACACCCCGAAGCGAAAAAGCUCCCCAAGGUGACAGCCCACUACGCCGACGUCUCAGACCCGGCCUCGGUCGAGGCAUGCAUCGCCGAGAUCGUGGCCGCCCACGGCAAGAUCGACAACCUGGUGACCUCGGCCGGCUUCACCGAGAACUUUGAGGCCGUCGCCUACCCGAUCGACCGCAUGCGCAAGCUGUGGGGGGUCAACGUCGACGGCACGUACCUGUUUGCGACGGCCGUGGCGCGGCAUCUGGUCCCCUACAACGCAGCCAAGGCCGCCGUGAGACACCUCUGCGCCUCGCUCAGCGUCGAGUGGGCCGAAGCAGGCAUCCGGGUCAACUGCAUCUCGCCGGGCUACAUGAUGACCGCGCUGACCAAGAAGAUCCUCGAUGACAAGCCGGACCUCAAGAAGCGGUGGACCUCGCUCAUCCCGCAGGGCCGCAUGGGCUCGCCCGAGGACCUCAUGGGCCCCGUGACCUUCCUGCUCUCGGACGCGUCGAGCUACGUGACGGGGGCGGAUUUGCGCGUGGACGGCGGGUACACCGUCACAUAG